AGAUGUAGAGACUGAGACAGGAGCACACAGGGGGAAAAGUGACAUGAGAGAAGACGAGGUGAGAGGACAGGGCCUGAAUUUUGCUGCACAAUGAUCAUCACGGUACUUUAAGAAAGGAUUUCAUCCGAGCUGAUGAAGCAGCCCGAGACCGUCCGAGUCAUCUGUGGAAGAAGUUAAAGCGAGCCGAUGAGAGAUUUUAUGUAGAAACCACAGCGAUGGACGCACAGAUCUCAGAUGCAGACUUCCUCACCUCCCCCUCCCCUUCUACCUCACCUCUCUACCACUGCGACUACAGCGACUGGUCCCCCUCCUUCUCCAUCAUCCCUUCCAUCUACCUGCUGGCCUUCUUGGUCGGUUGCCUCGGCAACGGCCUGGUGCUGUGGGCCUACUUGGACCGAGCCGAAGGAAGGGGGACGAGGACCGGGGAUAAAACUGGAAGGUUCUGUUGCACUGGCUUUUUCAGAAGCAGUCAGCAGAACAUCAGCUCUGGGAGAUUUCCUCCAAAGAACAAAGACUGUGGAUAUUCCUCAGGCCAAAGCUGCAGACCCUCCUCUCACUCCUCCUCCUCCACCUCCUCCUCUCAUUCUCCCUCCAUCCCUCGCUCCUCACGCUCACUGACAGACUCUCUGAUAGCCAGCCUUGCAUUGGCUGACCUCUGCUUCCUGGUCACCCUCCCUCUGUGGGCGGUCUACACAGCGAUGGGAUACCACUGGCCUUUUGGGCAACCCCUCUGCCAAAUCAGCAGCUUCCUCACUGCGCUCAACAUGUAUGCCAGCGUGUUCAGCCUGAGCAUGCUCAGUGUGGAGCGGUAUUGGGUUCUGACUGGACACCGGCACUCCAGCAGCCACCAUGCUCCACAGAGCUGCUCCAGCAGGGCUCUGUGGAUACUUGGAGGGGUGUGGGUGUCGGCAGGAGUGCUGGCACUUCCUGGCCUGCUGCUGCGCUCUGUCAGGGAGGUGGAGGUGGAUCCUGAAUCUGAGGAUGAUUGGCAAGUAGAGCCUACUGGAUCGGUGUUCCUGUCCUGUCAGAUGGAUUACUCCAUGCUGAUUGGAGCAGGGCUGGAGGAGACAGAUCGAGAGAGGGCAGAGAUGUGGUGGGCGGCCGCCUUGAGUCUUAAAUCAACUCUAAUUGGCUUCCUGCUCCCUCUUGUCAUCUUGCUGGUCUGCUACUGCUCAUUGGCCCAGCUCCUCAGCAGACACUUUGGACGGGGCCCUCGCCCUGACCGAAGGCGCCAGCGAAGACUCCUCAGGGUCAUUAUCACUUUAGUGAUGGCCUUCUUCCUGUGCUGGCUGCCUCUGCAUGUUAAUAAGACUGUUUCCCUGCUGCUGGAGUUUGGCUUUGUCCCAUACUCCUGCUCUUUAGAUCAGAUUUCACUGGCUGCUCAGCCGUACGUCACCUGUUUAGCUUAUCUCAACUCCUGCCUCAACCCUCUCCUGUAUGCCGCCUGUGACCCGUCGUUCAGGAAGAGAUGCAGAGGAGCUCUCCUCAUGCUGUGCAGGACGAGCAGGAGGGGAGGAGAGCAAAGGGACGGAAAGAAGGACGAAGGAGAGGAAGAGAAAGAGGAAAGGAGUUCGGCCUUUCCCACAAAAACACAAGAGGAGACAGCAGAUAGGACAGAGGACGUGGUCGAGGUGGGGCGGGAUGCUUUCUGAGGCCACGUGAAUCAUGGUCCAACACCAGUAUGAUGUGCUGUUGAAUCUAAACUCAGACUCCUGAAGAAACUGUGUCAAUAUUUUCAAAAUAAACAUCAAAUGAACUUUCUAGAGUUCAUGGGCAUCAUUCCCUGCUUCUAAUCCACAUAUUUCUCACAGGAACGAAGCCACUUCCUAAAAGAUGAGCCCAGAAAUAUCUGUAAUUCUUUGCCAGGCCAAAUGUUCUCAUGUCAUCUGAUCCGUUUCUAUAUUUUGUACUGGUUAUAUACUCUCAGUUGUUUAUUGAUUUUGUGUUGCGCUGCUUUGUAUCUUUUGUUGUCAUUUUUUCUAUUAAAAUAAA